AUGGCAUCGCCCUUCACCAUCUCGCCAUUGCGAUCCCGACUCGUACUAAAGGCAAGCAGCCUCAUCUCCCAAGAUGCCUUCGUCUGCCGUCGAUGCCUCCACCAGCAGGCGAAGGCGAACACCCGCUCGACAUCGACGAAACGAUCGCCUUUCCUAGACGCCUUCAAACAAGCACGGCAACCGCAGCUACGGCAUCAGUCUUCCGCCGCAUCUCCAUCAUCGCAAAGCGCCACCUCUCCCCUUGGCGCGCUGUCCCAGCGCAUCACUCAGUCCUCUUCAAGCUCAAGGGGACAUUCCGCCUCAGGCUCCUCCUUCCCGGACGUAUCAAGCAAGAGCGUCGCCUACUUCCUUCUGGCAUCAGCCACCAGCGUCUUCGGCAUCGUCGUCUUUGGUGGAUUGACUCGCCUCACCGAAUCCGGACUCAGCAUCACCGAAUGGCGUCCGGUUACUGGCUCUCUACCACCCCGGGAUGAGACAGCAUGGGAGGAGGAAUUCGCACGUUAUAAGCUCAGUCCGGAGUUCAGGAUGCUGAACUCUCGCAUGGGGUUGGAGGAUUUCAAGCAGAUAUAUUGGAUGGAGUGGACACAUCGGCUUUGGGGGAGAGUGGUAGGAGUGACAUUUCUGGUGCCGACUCUGUAUUUCGUGCUGCGGAGACGGGUGAGUAGAGGGAUGGCGGGGAGGUUAUUGGCAAUAUGCGGUUUGAUUGGGUUUCAGGGAGCUCUGGGCUGGUGGAUGGUAAAGAGUGGGCUAAAGGAUGAUCUCUUCGACAAGGGGCAGCAGCCAAGAGUCAGCCAAUACAGGUUGGCCGCACACUUGGGGACGGCAUUCCUGGCCUACCUGGCUAUGGUAUGGAACGGGCUGGCGAUUUUGAAGGAGCAUCGACUUGUCAGAAACCCUGCAGAAGGCAGCAAGUUGCUCCAGCAGCUUCAGCGUCCCGAGUUGAGGUCGUUCAAGCGUGCGGUUGCCGCGCUGAGCGUGCUAACCUUCGUGACCGCCAUGUCUGGUGCUCUGGUGGCCGGACUGGACGCGGGCUUGAUAUACAACGACUUCCCCUGGAUGGGCCAAGGUCUCUUACCACCAAAGCGAGAGAUGUUUGAUCCGUUUUACUCUCACACUCCGGAUCAAAAGGAUCUGGUGUGGCGAAACAUGCUCGAGAACCCUGUCCUUGUCCAACUAGACCACCGGAUUCUGGCCACUACCACCUUUACAGCGAUCGUUGCACUUUGGGCAUACUCUCGCUUCAAUCCUCGUGUACGAGCGACGAUGCCGAAAUCGGCGAGCAAGGGCAUGCUAGGAGUGGUGCAUCUGGUCAGCUUGCAGGUUGUGCUAGGGAUAAGCACACUUUGGUAUCUGGUCCCAACACCUGUGGCUGCCGCCCACCAAGCAGGGGCAUUGGCGCUACUAACAGGCGUCACGCUGCUUGCGAGUAGAGUGAGGGUUUCGAAGAGGAGUCUCAUGCUUGUGCAAAAGGCGCUGGAGCGGCAGGCCAAGGUGAAGGGUUCGGGGACGAUGCAGAAGCAUUGGUCACCCGUAGUAUAG